AUGCCAUAUAGGUCGCGCUGGACCGUUCCUAUACCAGAUUGCUCGCUCCAGACGUUUCUGUUCACGUCUCCCGACACGCCGCUUGGGUCGAAACGUGCUUUUUCAGAGGCGGCCAGGCCGGACACGCACUACCUGACGCGAGACCAAUUUCGACUAUGGGCCCAGCGGUUUGCCCUCGGUCUUCAGCGGUCCAAGCAUUUCAGGAAGGGAGACCGAGUUCUGCUGUUCAGCGGCAAUGACCUCUUCGUACCGGUCGUCUUCAUGGGCGUUCUCUGUGCGGGCGGGAUCUUCACGGGCGCUAACCCGACCUUCGUGGCACGAGAGUUGGCCCAUCAAUUAAAGGACAGCGGCGCGACGUAUCUGCUGUGCUCUGAGAGCUCCCUGGAGACAGGAAUCGAAGCUGCCAAAUUGGCUGGUCUCGACGUCGCCGAAAGAGUGUUUGUGUUCAACGCCAAGAUAUACGAUGGCGAAACGCAAGGGCAGAAGGGCUGCAGAUACUGGGGGGACCUGGUCGCGCCGGCCGAGGAGGCCAAGAGCUUUCAAUGGGACGAUCUCACUGGACCCGGAGAGUGUGACACAACGCUGGCCUUGAAUUACUCCAGCGGAACAACUGGAGUUCCCAAGGGCGUGGAGAUCACUCACAAGAACUACAUUUCCAACACGAUCCAGGUCCAGGAAAUGGGCAAACUGCUCCCGAACCACGAGGAGCGCACGGCUCGAGCGUCGUGGCUGUGCUUCCUACCUCUUUACCAUGCCUACGGCCAGACAUUCUAUAUCGCAGGAGCAUUCAACCGCCAGAUCCCUGUCUACGUCAUGCCGAAGUUCGAUUUCCUCCAAUUCCUGGAGUAUACCCAGAAGUUUCGCAUUACGGAUUAUACGCUUGUUCCACCCAUCGCCGUCCUGCUAGCAAAGCAUCCUGCGGUGGAGAAGUACGACCUGAGCUCAGUCGAACAGAUAGGGUGCGGAGCAGCGCCACUGGGUCGAGACGUUUCCGAACAGGUUGAGAGACGGUUAGGAGGCAGACUCAAUUUCAAACAAGGCUGGGGAAUGACCGAGUGUACCUGCUCGCUUCUGGGCUGGGAUCCCAAUGCGACAUCCCUGACCCAGGCUGUUGGUGAACCCAAUGCCAACUGUGAAGCGAAGAUCAUGACCGAAGAUGGCCUCGCGGAGAUCACGGAGCGCGGACCCGAUGCUCGGGGUGAGCUAUGGGUUCGUGGACCUAACGUCAUGAAGGGCUACUGGCGCAACCCGAAAGCCACGCAGGAGACACUAACGCCGGACGGGUGGCUGAAGACAGGUGAUAUUGCCUACGUGGACGAUGACGGAAAGUUUCUCAUCGUCGACCGCAAGAAGGAGUUAAUCAAGGUCAAGGGCAACCAAGUUGCCCCGGCCGAGCUGGAAGCGCUGUUGCUGGAACACCCCGGGAUCGCCGACGCCGCUGUAAUAGGCAUGCCCACCGACGACGGAGACGAGAAGCCUCGAGCGUUCGUGGUGAGGCAAGUAGGACCAGAAGGGAGCAAGCUGACGGAAGAAGACGUCAAGAAGUUCGUCGAGGGCAAGGUGGUCCGGUACAAGAGGUUGGCGGGUGGUGUUGAGUUCUUGGAUGUGAUCCCGAAGAAUCCCUCAGGCAAGAUUUUGAGGAGACAGCUGAGAGAUGUUACGAGGGAAAGGCUGAGAAAGGAGGGAGCCAGGCUAUGA